AGGGUUUAAAUGCCCUGAGCUCGGAGAUGUCAGGCAGACAGCAGCAGAGAGCAGCCGCCGGGAGCCGACUGCCUGGAGCCGCUGGGAUCGCUCUGAGCCCUCCUGCCGCAGCACCGCCACAGGUAACCCAUCACAAUGAAGGGAGCACUUCUGUGUUUCUGCCUCAUCAGCAUUGCUGCUGCAUGGCCUGUGAGUAAAUCCAAGCAGCAAGCCACUUCUGCCGCCUCUGAGGAGAAAUAUGACCUCAAGGGCCACCGCUCACACAGGUAUCACAACCUCCAUGUGAAGUCUCAGUCCUGGGAGGAUGACCUGGUGGCACCUCAGCAGACUCUUCACUCCUGGGAGGAAAGUGUGGACUUCUCAGAACAGCGCUCCCCUGAUGCGUCGAGCCAGAGCCGUGAAGCUGUGGAGGAGGAUGACCACGAUGACAACGACUCCAAUGACACAGAUGAGUCUGAUGAGGUGGUCACAGUUUCCUCCACAGACCUGCCACUAACUUUCCCUCCCUUCACCCGGGAUAAAAAUGCUGGCAGAGGUGACAGCGUGGUCUACAGGCUGAGGGCAAAAGCCAAGCCCGUGAAGUCCAGCAAACUCCACAAAGCUGCUCCAAAGCUCGUUAGGUACGAUGUCACCACGGAGGAUGACAGUGCCCCGGAUGCAGACAGCCAGCAAGAUUUCCACUCCCGGGAGGCUCCUGCUGUCCCUCUCUCCUUGAGGAAGGAAGCCUUCAACCAGGAGUGGGCUGACAAGAGCCACGGGCAGGGCAGCAGCGAGCCGGACAGCAAGCAGCGGGAGCGCAGCGUGGAGAACGACAGCUGGCAGGAAGGGGACAGCCAGGAGGCGGCAGAUGACAGCCGGGCCGGUGCCAGGGGGGACAGCCAGCAGAGCAGGGAGAGCCGCGCCGAGCCUCUCGACAACACCAGCAAUCAGACAGUGGAGAGCGCUGAGGAUGCCCGAGAUCGUCACAGCAUCGAAAGCAACGAGGUCACCCUUUAGAAGGGAGGCCGAAGCUCCGUUCCCUCCUGCCUAAGAGGAGCGGGUGUGGGGUAGCUGCGUGCGGGGUAGCUUCACUUCGGGUAACUGUAAAUGUGAUUUGCUGGGGCUUGGGGCAGCUUCUUUACCCGGUGGCCUCCCCUCGGCUGCCAGCAGUGCCAGCCCUCCGCGCUGCGGGGCACGCAGGGUGGGGGCGGCAGAGGCACAGGGAAGUGAGACGAACGCUGUCAGACCACGGGGUGGGCAUUGCCCCCUCUGUCACUCUGCUGCCGGCUGUGUUUUGCUGUAACUGGAUCGAAAUAAAACCAGAAACCUGCA